AUGAAUAAAGAAAGAGUUAAUAUCACUCUUGCAUCAGAAAGUGAAAUUAAUCGUUAUACUCUACAAGAAGUUAUUCAUUCAAAUAAAGAUUCAGUUAUACAAAAUGCAAUUGAAAAAUCACCUCAAGGAGCAAGAACAGUUGUAAUUAAAAGACAUUUAAUUAAUAUGAAUAAAAAAGAUAUUGUAUUACAAUAUAGUGAAGCAUUAAGAUUAUUACAACAAUGUGAACAUAUAAAUAUUAUUAAAAUAUAUAAUUGUUUUUUUUGUUAUUUUAAUGGAUCAUUACAAUUUUGGAUUGUUAUGGAAAAAUGUACUCAAAUGGACCUUUUAUCUUUUAUUCGUUCUAAUACUUCUUUUGGAGUUAAUGAACAAACAAUGUUUUUUAUGUGUGAUAUUUCUUAUGCCAUUGAAUAUCUUUCUAAAAAUUAUUCAUUAUUUCAAUAUUCUUUAACCCCAGAACAUCUUCUUUUAACUAGAGAUCCUUCAAGUCCUAUUCCUCUUAUUAAAUUAACAAAUUUAUUUUCUUUAGUAACUGACUUAGAAGAAUUGUUUUAUAAAAAUUGUUAUUAUAAUCCACCAGAAUAUCUUAAAAAGAAAAUUUUUGAUAACUCAGUUAUUUGGUCUAUUGGAGUAAUUUUUUUUAUGUUAGUUCAUGGACAUCAUCCAUUAGAAAUUGGAAAAACAGAUAUAAUGUAUAAUAUUCUUCAUAUGAAACCAAUAGAAUUUCCUUCUAUUAAUGAUGAAUUAUUUAAAGAUCUUAUUAAACGAAUGUUAGUAUAUGACCCAAAUAAACGAAUAUCUUUAGACCAAUUUUUUGUUCAUCCUUUUAUUGAGAAAUGUAGAAAAUUUAAAUGGGGAAAACCAUCUGAUCCAAGUAUUUAUCAUCCUAUUAAAAUUGUUGGUAAAGGAAGUUAUGGAACUGUAAUAUAUGCAUUACGUAUUAUUAAUGGAGAUAAAACUCCAGUUGCAAUUAAAGAAAUUCCUUAUACUGGAAGGGAUUCAGUAAUAAGAGAAGCGCGUGUUAUGAGAAUGUGUAAACAUCCAAAUUUAGUAGAUUACUAUGAUUAUUUUGAAUUACCUUAUUCUAUUUGUGAAGGUGGAAAACAAGGAAAAUAUUCUUAUCUUGUAAUGGAAUAUUGUGAUAGAGGAACUUUAGAAACAUAUUUACAUGCAAAAAAAAGACCUUUACAAGAUUUUGAAAUACUUCAUUUUUUAUCAGAAAUUUGUAGUGGUUUAUGGUAUCUUCAUUUUAAUAAACAUCUUCUUCAUAGAGACCUUAAACUUGAUAAUUUUUUAUUAAAAACACCAACUCAAAUUAAUCAAAAACUUCCUCGAUUAAAGAUUACUGAUUAUGGAUUUUCAAGAAUCUUUGGGACUGAAAGCCAAUUGAUUACUAGUUUCCUUGGAACUCCUAUUUACGCUUCUCCAGAAAUAUUAAAUGAAAAGGGAUAUACUGUUAAAUCAGAUUUAUAUAGUGUUGGUGUUAUUUUAUAUGUAUUAGCUACAAACCAAUUUCCAUUUAGUGAUGAUAAAGAUGUCUUCUUAGAAAAAAUGAGAAGAGAAGAACCAUUACAAUUUCCCUCAGAUGUUAUUAUUGACCCAAUGCUUAAAGAUUUAAUUUGUCAUCUCAUCACUCACAAAGAAGCAGAUCGUUGUAGUUGGGAAGAAUUUUUCCAACAUCCUUAUGUUCAAAGAGCUGUUCCGAUUCAUUCAUUACCAACUCAUAAAGAUUUUAGACAGUUCAAAGAACAAGAGAUUGAUAUGAUGUAA